GGCUCGGUCCCGGGGCUCCAGCAGGAUCCGCGGUUGCUCUCUCUCCCUGCAUUACAUCUGCCGCCGCCUUCCGAGCCUCAAUAUAAGGGAAAUAGACGAUUUUCACGUCCGACGGCGACCAUGUCCGAGACAUAUGACUUCCUGUUCAAGUUUCUGGUGAUCGGCAAUGCAGGGACUGGGAAGUCAUGUCUGCUUCACCAGUUUAUAGAGAAGAGAUUCAAAGAAGACUCCAACCACACCAUCGGCGUGGAGUUUGGCUCGAAGAUAAUCAACGUAGUGAACAAGUUUGUCAAGCUGCAGAUCUGGGACACGGCAGGACAGGAACGCUUCAGGUCAGUCACUCGGAGCUACUACAGAGGGGCAGCAGGGGCCCUGCUUGUGUAUGACAUCACCAGCCGAGAGACCUAUAAUGCCCUGACCAACUGGCUAACGGACGCGAGAAUGCUGGCCAGCCAGAACAUCGUCAUCAUCCUGUGUGGGAACAAGAAGGACCUGGACAGUGAUAGGGAGGUCACCUUCUUGGAGGCGUCCCGCUUCGCCCAGGAGAAUGAGCUGAUGUUCCUGGAGACCAGCGCCUUGACUGGGGAGAACGUGGAGGAGGCCUUUACGCAGUGUGCCAGGAAGAUCCUCAACAAGAUAGAAUCAGGAGAGCUGGACCCGGAGAGGAUGGGCUCGGGUAUCCAGUACGGGGAUGCUGCCCUGCGGCAGCUACGCUCCCCCCGCCGGGCUCAGGCCCAGAGCGCGCAGGAGUGCAGCUGCUAAUGGCGGUGCUGGAGAGGAGGCGUGACCUCCGGGCCGAGGCGCCUGUACAGAGAGGAGAGCGGGUGGAGCGAUUGUGCGUCCCUUGACCAUCCCAGCGGGGAGUGAGAGAGAGACAGACUCUUGCCUGACUUUCCUUUCAUUUCCAUAAAGAGUCGUCGCUGGGGGGGGCAUUAGGAUUGAGACCCCAGAGGGUCGCAGAACCUUGGCCUAGCCUGACCCGGAAGCUUUCUAGUGGAGGAUGCGGCCCCCGCCCCUCCCCUUCAGAGUGGCGUUGCCGUGCCAUUCUGACCUCCUGCAUCAUGUAUUCCUUGUAUAAAUAUGGAUUCUAUUGUAUCAGACGAAGCAUGUUUUAUGAACUGAAUGGCUGCUUUACAUCGGUAGAGUCUAACACAAUGUCAUUUUGAAUUACUUACUUUGACUUAAAUCUGUUCCGUCAUGCAAUGAGCUUUUUAAUCAGUUGUGUCUCCGUAACACAAGCUGGUUACACUCAUCAGGAUUUUUUUGCAGAUUAUCAAGCUUCCUUUCUUGUAAAUGGCAUGACAGUUACUCAUGCUUUUGUUAAUUUAUAUUCGUAAAUAGUGUCUUUUUUUAAAUAAAAACAAAGUUUGAUUUGA